UCAGAAAUGUUACAGUGUUGAUGAACGCGGCGCCGUCCAGACUGGCGCGUGGAAUAAAUUCAAUGCAAUAAAAUAAAAAAAAUCAGUUUUAACAUUAGAGAUACCAGUGUGAGUACGGUGCAGGUCCGGAUCAGAUCACCGCUAAAUCCGGUUUAACGGCAGCUGAUAUGAACACGGGAAAAGCGUCCCGAAGCCCGAAGUGCUCGCGGUGCCGCAAUCACGGUUUUACCGCAGACCGAAAAGGCCAUUCCGGUAAAUGUGCGUUUCUGGAGUGCACGUGCUGGAAGUGCUCGCUUAUCACCGAGAGAACCCGGAUUAUGGCCAAUCAGCGGCGGAUCCGGCGGACCGCCCCCGCCCACAGCGCGGCCGCCGCUGCCCCGGUGACCGGCCACGCGGUGCCGGCACCGACUGGAGCAGAGCGGCCCGCGCGCACAGCAACAGACACCGAGCCCGCGAGACGGCCCGCGGAGCCCGCCGCCUACCGGAGCAGCGCGGGAGUUUACGACCCAGCCACCUAUUUUACCCCAGAUGCCCCUCAGCAGAUCCCUUACUCAUACAAGAUGGUAACGAUGCCGCUGCUGCUGAGUUACCAGCAUCCUGGCGGCUUUGUGUACCCAGCUUUUUUUGUGAGCCUCCAACAGCCUCCUCCAGGAGAAGCCAUCGGUUUCCCUCCACCUCCAACCAAUGGCACCCCGCAGUGGUGCUUCAAUGUAGCCAGGGACGAGAUGCCGAUGCCGAUCUUGGACAUUGAUAUUUCCAACAAGGAGCAACACACUCAAAGAAAACCUCCACCUAUGUAAGCAAUUAAAAACCGCUAAUGUCUGUUUUCAUUGGCCACCAAAAAAAAAAAAACAUUUCCCAAGAAAAUUUUGUAAAAUGCCCUUUUAAAAUGCUCAAUAAAGAUUUGUACGUUUGUUAAACGUCUGUCUUAGCAUACAUGCAUUUAAUCAUGGAGUGGGUGGUAACAGGGAAGUGACCACUAGCAUUUGGCUGGAAUUUUCUAUUGACCAGUGUAGACUUUUAUAAUGAUCCCCUGGCUGCAGGACCUUGGUUUUAAGGAAUAUAAAACCCAGCUGUUGGAUGCUGCCUUUGAGAAAGAACUUCAGAGCUCUGAGGAAAUGCUCUGCUCUCAGUUCUUCACUCUCUGAAAGCUGCUCUGUCCAUAACCCCAGAACAAAAUGCCAUUUCCAAAGUGGUGGCUAUGGUAACCAGUCACCAAGAAAAGGUCAACUUUUUCCUCAGUCGUUUACUUGCAUUUACUUUGAUGAAAGUCGCUUCUACUGCUAAAAUAUUAAAUGUGCAAACACCUCAAAUUAACAUUAGUUUCAUUUUAAUUUAACAGCAUUUUUUAAAACCAGCAAAAAAAUAAGUACUUUUUCUGUGUUUUUAGCAAAAGACAAAUUCAAACUUCCCAUUCUCAUUUCUCAAUAUAUAUCUACUAGGGACAGAUUAUAUAUGUCCUGUAUCAUUUAAUUUACUUCAUUAUUAGUAUUAUUGACUGGCUAUUGCGGAUCAUUCACUUCUGUUAGAUAGAAUUCUGAUAGAUCUGAUAGAAUCUGAUAGAAUUCUUGUAUUUUUCAAUAUCUCAGCUAGGGGUAUUUUGACAUAUACCCAAGAGUAUCGUUAUCGCAAAUAUACCAUGAAAUAUCGUGAUGUUAUUUUAGAGCCAUAUCGCCCACCCCUAAUCUGGAAAGAUUUUUAAUAUUCUAGACAGCCAGAAACUACAUGAACUUUGGUUUGGUUUG